AUGCAGAGAGCUCUGCAGAUGGAGAAGGAUGUGAACCAGACUCUGCUGGAUCUGCACAAACUGGCCUCUGACCACACUGACCCUCAUCUGUGUGACUUCCUGGAGAGGCAUUACUUGGAUGAGCAAGUGAAGAUGAUCAAGAAGCUGGGAGAUCACAUCACCAACCUGAAGAGACUAGGAGCCCCUGACAAUGGCAUGGGAGAGUACCUGUUUGACAGGCUCACCCUGGGGGACAGCAACUGA